AUGAAAGCGCCUGCUUGUGCUGCUUGUAAGCACCAACGUAGGAAAUGCACAGAAGAUUGUUUUCUUGCUCCGUUCUUUCCUCCCGAGAAAGCAAACGAUUUUGACGCUGUCCAUAAACUUUUUGGGGUACGUAAUAUUGUCAGCCACCUCCAGAAACUAACCCCUGCACAAAGACCUGACGCCAUUACUUCUAUGGUUUAUGAAGCCAAUGCCCGAGUUAUAUAUCCUGUUACUGGCUGUGCUGGCAUCGUUUCAAUGUUGCAGCAGAGGCUUGGCACUGUCUAUGCGCAAGUUCUCGCUGCCAGAAAUGAACUCGCUUGCCAUCGUGCCCUAGAAGAACAGCAACUUAGACAGCAAAAUAUGGUUGACAAUGCAGGUUUGGUGGACUUUUUCCAAUCAAACAAUAAUGCUAAUCUGCUAUUCCAACCUCCGAAUCAAGAAUUUAACUUCUUGCCUCAGAAUCUUGAGAACCCUCAACAACUUCAAGAAUCCAGUUUUGCUCAAGAAACUACACUGUUUGGCCGUGAUCGUCAAGGGACUUCUCUGACUAGUAGCCUGCCUGUUCAACGACCACUGCAAAUGAAUCAAGAAACUGGGUUUCUUCAAGGAAGUUAUCCGCCUGUUGGUGGUUCCAUGAAUAAUCUAUCCAUUGGAGCGAGUAAGAAUGUGUUUGGUGGUUCAGAUGUUAGGCCUAACAGGGGAAAAUUAGUCGUUAACCCUCAAUGGGGAAAAUCACCACCAUCCUCUUCAAAAGCAUAUUGGAACCAACAACAGUUCGGGGUUAGCGGAGACGAUUUUGACGAUCUUGAUUAG